UCUUAUCGAUGGACUGCAUUAGUUACCGCACGCUUUCGAUGACGAUAGCUAUCCGAUAGUUGUUUAUGUAAUUGACAACAGCUGUGCGAGAAGCAUACUGGAAUCAUGUUAAAUUCAACACUCCGCUGCUUUGCUGGAGUUUCCGCCCGAAACCUGAAUCAACUAGCACCCACGAUCAGCGGGCUGGGACAGAUCUACUCCAGAGCCACCAUGUCGCAGCAGGCAGGGCAGUAUCCACCCAUCGAGUCGGCCAUGCGCAAGGCGCUGACCACAGAGCUGAAGCCGGUAUUCCUAGAAGUCAUUAACGAAUCGCCGCAGCACAACGUGCCGAAGCGUUCGGAGUCCCACUUUCGGGUGUUUGUGGUCUCCGAAAAGUUCAAUGACUUGUCCCUGAUCAAGCGCCAUCGACUGGUCAACGAUACUGUAAAGAACGCACUGGCAGCAGCUGGUUUCGAGUUCAUGCACGCCCUGUCCAUAGAAGCAAAGACGCCAAAGCAGUGGGAGCCGGAGCAGGAGCCGGAGAAGAGUCCUCCCUGUUUAGGUGGCCACGGAAAGUAAGCACUUAUAUGUACAGA